GAAAGUCAAGAUUCUCUAUUGCCUCCUCGAAAACAGCAGGUUGGUUCUUAGUUCAACUUUAACUUUUAGUUACGCUAUCGUUUACGCUAUCGUUUAAGCGUCCAAAUUGCUUUGACGGUUCUUACUGGUUAUUUUUGCUGCAGAAAGAAAUUAUUCUUUUAGACUUUACAUAACGGAUUUUCUGUCGUAAUUCUGUGCUCUGACUGUUAUUCAAUGUGUCGCCUGAAGUUACCUGCAAGCAUGCAUGGUCCCUUUGUUAUGUUGGCUCGGUAAAUGUUGAGCUGGAGGGACAAAAAUGUAAUAAAGGUUUUCUUGUAGUCAGCAAGUUAAACGCGAGUUGCGAUUGUUAGGGUCAUUUGGCCUAUUUUGUUGAUGUCUAUGCAGUUAGAAUUUUUCUCUUUGAUUUAAGAAGUGUUCACUUCUGUAGACUAAACAUAUAAAAUAAACUUCAAGUGUUGGAUAGUUUUUUAUUACUCUGACUCAGACUGUAUGCUUUCAUAUUUGUUUAACCGCGACCUUAUUAAUUAAUGUACGAUUUGAAGGUAAAUUAUGCUUUUAUGCCGCAAAAACGGGAUGCCAACGAACCAACUGUUAGUAAUUUUGGCGUAGAGUGCUUAGUUUUCACCGGAAGAGAAUUAUAAUGUCUACAAUGUUUCCCGGGACGGUUCAGGCUGACAUAAGAUAACAGUCGACAGGUGUGAAUAAGACUGAAGGUAACGAGAGAAACCGGGUGAACAAUAAAAUAAGGUUAAUUUGGAGUGCAAUUCUACCUAAUUCUUAACACGUUAGUUCGGUAGUGUUUACAACAACAAAUAACACCUUCCUUCCAUUUUUUAACAGGCACUACCCGACCAUAAAGAAAACCAGAACAAUUUGCCUUGCAAGAAAGUCUUCAAAAUAACAAUAAAAAUACUGCCACGGUCCUUAACAAGGAUAUGCAGCCAACGCACUUGUUUGUCUGUCAUUUAUUCAGUAUAUACCAAACCU